GAACUUGAUGCCAGUCUGCUGUCGACAAGCUGAACGGACACGGUCUGCCAGCGUCUCCAUCCUGAGGGUUUUCGCUAAAUUAACGGAUUCUUUCGGUUCUGGAGAACCUGUGGAGGCGGUAUCCAUCAUGGUGUUCGGAGUUCGGUCUGCUGGACGGUUCGGUUGGUGAAAAAGUUAAAGAACCAACAAGCCCUCCAGGUGGAGCCGUGUCCCCCUCAGAUGUGUCGUGUGACCGCGGCCGGCCUCCAGCUGAUGCAGCAGGAAGCUGCGUGUGUGACGGCGCGGCGGUGGGUGCAGCAGGAGGGAUGACAUGGAGAGCGGAGAGACGCGCGCGCAGCUGGAGACGCCAUCUUUACUCUCUUCUUGCCUCUAGAAGCUCUCAGGACGUCGCAAGAACGUAUUUUUCUACCGUUUUCUAUCCAGAGUUGAUUUUUGCUACGAGCUGUGAAGCCAUAUUGGACCGGCGCCGGGAUGAGCUCCGAGGGCUUCCAGUACCGAGCGCUGUACGACUACAAGAAGGAGCGGGAUGAGGACAUCGACCUGCGCGUGGGGGACAUGCUGCUGGUCAGCAGGGGGGCGCUGCUGGCGCUGGGCUGCGGCAGCGGAGACGAGGAGCGGCCGUCUGAGAUCGGCUGGCUGCCGGGCUUCAAUGAGACCACGCAGGAGAAAGGCGACUUCCCAGGAACGUACGUGGAGUUCGUCGGCAGGAAGAGGAUGUCCCCGCCCACUCCGAAGCCCCGCCCACCCAGACCGCCGUCCGCCGCCUCCAUGAGGACCGACUCGGAGUCGGAGGGUUUGGUUCUGCCGGACCUGCCGGACCAGUUCGGACCUCCAGACACAGCGCCGCCGCUCCUCAGCAGACUGAUGGAGCUCAUAGAGACCAAAGGUUCUGACAGCCCGGUUCUGUACCACAGCAUGAGUGGAGGGGUUCUGGACACCCGGCAGCUGGCCGACACCGAGCCGGAGCAGCUGGACGUGCCGUCGCUGUGUGACGGGGUGGUCCGGUUCCUGCAGGACCUGCCUGGUCCGGUCCUGCCCGCCUCGCUGCAGGCCGACAUGAGCCAUGCCGUCCAAGAGGUCCGGGACCCGGAGGAGUGCGCCCAGGUUCUGCGGGGCGUGGCGAGCUCGCCGGCCUGCCCGGCCCAGUUCGGGCUGACCCUGCUCAGCGUGGUCCGGCACCUGGCCCGGCUCUGUCUGCACGGCUCCAGGAACCAGCUGAGCCCGCGGGUUCUGGCCGAGAACUUCAGCCCGCUUUUGUUCAGGCAGCCCGCUGGGUCCGACUCCUCUCUGGAUCCUCUCGUUCAGGUUCUGGAGGUUCUGAUCACCAGCGAACUCAACAUGACCCAAGCAGCACCAGCUCUGCCUCCCAAACCGGUGAAGGCCUCCAUUGCUGCUCCCUCCAGCAGCUUCAACAACAGCAUCUCCCUGCAGGACGCCGAGUGGUACUGGGGGGACAUCUCCAGGGAGGAGGUGAACGAGAAGCUGAGAGACACAGCCGACGGCACCUUCCUGGUGCGGGACGCCUCCACCAAGAUGCACGGAGAUUACACCCUGACCCUCAGGAAGGGAGGCAACAACAAGCUGAUCAAGAUCUUCCAUCGGGAGGGGAAGUACGGCUUCUCUGACCCGCUGACCUUUAGCUCGGUGGUGGAGCUCAUCAACCACUACCGCCACGAGUCUCUGGCCCAGUACAACCCCAAGCUGGACGUCAAGCUGCUCUACCCGGUGUCCAAGCACCAGCAGGACCAGGUGGUGAAGGAGGACAGCGUGGAGGCCGUAGGCAAGAAGCUGCAUGAGUACCACCUGCAGUACCAGGAGAAGAACCGCGAGUACGACCGGCUGUACGAGGAGUACACCAGAACGUCGCAGGAGAUCCAGAUGAAGCGCACCGCCAUCGAGGCCUUCAACGAGACCAUCAAGAUCUUCGAGGAGCAGUGCCAGACGCAGGAGCGCUUCAGCAAGGAGUACAUCGACAAGUUCCGCCGCGAGGGCAACGACAAGGAGAUCCAGAGGAUCAUGGAGAACUACGACAAGCUGAAGUCUCGGAUCAGCGAAAUCGUGGACAGCAAGCGCCACCUGGAGGUGGACCUGAAGAAGCAGGCGGCCGACAACCGGGAGAUCGACAAGAAGAUGAACAGCAUCAAACCGGACCUGAUCCAGCUUCGCAAGACCCGGGACCAGUACCUGAUGUGGCUGACCCAGAAAGGAGUCCGGCAGAGGAAGCUGAACGAGUGGCUGGACCUGAAGAACGAGACCACCGAGGAUGAGUACAGCACGGUGGAGGAUGAGGAGGACCUUCCUCACCACGACGAGCGGCUGUGGCGUCUGGGGAACAUGAACCGGCUGCAGGCCGAGGGCCUGCUGCGCGGCAAGCGGGACGGAACCUUCCUGGUCCGGGACAGCAGCAAGCCGGGCUGCUACGCCUGCUCCGUGGUGGUGGACGGCGAGGUCAAGCACUGCGUCAUCAACAAGACCGGCACCGGCUUCGGGUUCGCCGAGCCGUACAACCUGUACGGGUCGCUGAAGGAGCUGGUUCUGCACUACCAGCACACAUCGCUGGUCCAGCACAACGACUCGCUCAACGUCACGCUGGCCUUCCCCGUCUUCAGCCCGCAGCGCCGGUGACCUCUGACCUCCGACCCCAACACAGUGUCACGCUGGCCUGCCCCGGCUACAGCUCACCGUGACCUCUGACCCAUUAUGGCCUCGCUCAGGCCCACUUCCUGUCGAUCAGAACCGGUCUCCUCUGCUGGGAUCAUAUGGGAACCAAUUAAAACCCAAUAAUCAAUAUCUCUGAUAUUUGGGCUCAAGGCCCAAAUCAACACACUGGUCAAGCAAGAUGGCCGCCCUGGGCGUUGUGACAUCAUCUGCGCUGCGGCUGGCGAUUAUUAGCCAUCCAGUAUUCUAUCGAUUAUUCUUACCAUUAAUCGGUUAAUCCAAUAAAAAUUUGAUAAGCUUUGGUAAAUUCUACCAUAACAACAGUAUUAAUAUCAGAUAUCGGCCCAAUUUGUCAUAUUUACGCAUCACUACUGAUACUUUUCUGUAGUUUAGAUAAUUAAACCGUAACAAUAAUAACUCAAUUUUUAAGUUAACCUGGACAAAAGUAUCCUAAAAUAUGAAAUUAUAUUUAAUUUAGUAAUAAACCAGCAGCCUCACAAAGACCAUAGUUCAGUUUUUAGGUUCAUCUUCAGUGAGUUUAAUGGAUGAACUCAUUUAUAGCUUCUGUGUUAGCGACGGCAGUGUUCAGUGUUUCCUCUCACCUGUAUGAAUGCACCUGCCGCGCUCUUCACCGCCACCAGGCUAACGGCUACCGGACUCCAGUUAAUUCCAGGAUGCUUAUUGGUCCUCCACGAAACGAUAAAACCCCGGAUAUUAUCAUAAACCAAUGAAAUCCCAGAACAAACUUAUAAAUGGGACGUUAUGCUGCUAGCAUUAGCACUUAGCAACAACUCAGAGGAAGUGAGAGCGCUAAAUAACGAAACAUAACGAAACUUGGAGGCAGAUAAUUUACCCCGAGGAAUUUUAAUAAUGGCGGUUCUGUGGUUGGAGGAAUCGUUUCAGCUGCGUCGCCAUGGAGCCCAAACGGCCCGAUCGAUUAUCUCCCAGACCUAAAACAAAACUUAUCCAGCAAUAAAUGGCUGACCACCCUGCGGGUCCAUGUGUUCCCGACCUCCAAACCCUGGUUCUGACCCGUGACCCUUGACCCCUGCCUCAUCAGUCAGCAGAAGCCAUGAUGUCGGCCGUUGGACGGCUCGUCCAGAACUUUCCUGAACACUGUGAACGCGUCAGAGCUCAUCCCGUCCCACUUCCUGUUUGGUUUCAGCGCGGCUGGGCUCUCCAGCGCCACCCAGCGGUCCGGAAUGAAACCCGACCUGGUCUGGUUCUGGUUCUGGAGAGAAAUCAGGGAGAAAAGAAGAAAAGCACCAAAACCUCUGGAAUCACUUCAGGACGAAACGUUUGUUUGGACUCGCAGGAAGUCGAGAUAUUUUUCCCUUUUCUGAUGUUUGUUUCUGUUCUGGAGGAAAACCAGGUACAGAAGCUGAACCUGUGGCGUUACCGUGGUAACCGCCUCUUACAGCUUCGCUUCCAGGGGAUUUUGAAAUAAGUUUUAAAACUGUUUGUUUGUAAAAGGACGAAAGUCGUGCAUGAAAUGGGAACAACUUCUUGUUUUUCUGUUUCCUGUCUGCUCUCCGGCGAUGAUGAUGAUGAUGAUGAUGAUGAUGAUGAUGCGUCGAGCGAAGCAGAACCACCAGAAACGUUUUUCUCGUCAUAACUCAGAUUAUUUUCGUAACGUUGAACUCUGAAGCUGAAAUCUUGAAUCUUGAACUUUUAUUUCUGGUUUCUGAUCAAAUUAAGUCCAAGCUGCAGGUUUGCUUUAAAAAUGAAGCUAAAAGGUCAGAGGUCAACUGCAGCUUGAGUUUCAUGUUUUAUUUUGAUCAGAGGAGAAAUUAGAACAAUGAAUAAUUAGGAUUGUUAAAUAUAAGAAAAUCUUUUCUGCUCUUCUUUCAUAUUUAUUCUGUUUCUGUUUGUCCUUCCUGAGAACUAAAGGAGCAAACAGAACCUGGUCCGGUUCUGGUUCUGGUUCUGGUCCAGUUGUCUCCUCCUGCCUUUUGCUGUUGAUGUUUAGAUCAAUAAACUCCAGGUUGUGGAUUUUC